AUGAGCAGUGCUUGGGGUAAGCGUAUGUCAUCGGCUUGGGGAAAACGUAUGUCAUCAGCAUGGGGAAAACGAGCUGAAAGUGAUAGUGAUGAACAUUACAAUCAUCUUCUUCGAGAACUCUUUCAUCAAGCUCGUCUUAGUAAAUAUGAUUAUCCUCGAUAUCCAGUCGACAACGAAGUUAUUGAACAAUACUUAGCACAGCGUACCGCAUCAAACAAUGACGAAGAAGCUGCACCACAAAACAUGUCAUGA